GUAUAUGAAAUCGUCAUUGCAACCGCGUUUAUUGAAUUAUUGAAAAUUCUUUCUAACUUCGGUUUCCAAUUCCGUUGGUGAAAGCCGAAAUGCAUAUUGCAAUAAAUAACUUCAACUCCUCAAAACGACGACGUCGUUUAUCAUUCACACAACUUUUACUUCUUCUCAUUACGACCAAGCUCCGUACAACCUUGGACAAUGUUUUUAUAUUUUCUCUCUCUCUCUGAAAUCCAACUCACAAGAUUAAAAAGUUUCAAUUUUUCAGUAUAUAACUCUGGAAUAGUAUAAUGGGUUUCAAUUUCACAAAGUUCUAAGAUACCCCAGAACAAAAUUGUCCCCACUGUCUUUCCCUCUGUUACCUUUUUCACUUGUUUUAUUGUUUUUGUUUUUUCCUGUUUGGAUUCUUUGUUAAAAAACAAAACAACCCCAAAAAAAGGAAGUGAAAAAAAAACUCAUUAGUCACUUCAUUUGGCAAUAGUUCUUUGGUGAUGGUGUUUUGUUAGAGGCUCUUUUGUGUGUUUGUGUUGUUGUUUGUUUGUUAUUUCUCAGUUUAGCAAUGGAGGAUUCAGCUAAGCUGCGGUUGGUGAGGUGUCCCAAAUGUCAAAAUGUUCUUCAUGAGCAACCUAGUUAUUCUGUUUAUCAAUGUGGUGGUUGUGGAACUGUUCUUAGAGGAAAGGUUAAUAAUGGUAAUGGAAAUGGUAGUUUGUGGGAGGGUUCAGAUGAGGGACAAGGUGGAGGAGUUUUCGGUAAAUCGGGAAAUUCGUUCAGGAAGGAUGUAGGUUUUUUGAGUGAUAGUUCGGAUGUUGAUGUUAAGUCCAACGGUGGUUUCUCGAGGGAGGAUCGAAGAGAUCCAGAGAGAUCGAAUAAGGAGCGUGAGAGGAUUGUGAAUCGUUCGGUUGAUGGUAGCGAGAAAGGGGUUUUGGAGAGAGGAUUUGAUGUCAAUAAAGGUAAAGAUAAUGAAGGGGGUAAAACAAUAAGAAGGGAGCAGCACGAACCGGAUUUUCAAGUCGGAGGGUCUAGUUUUCCGAGAAGAAUGUCUAAUUGGCCGAAUGAGGAGAGAGUUGAGAUGGAAGGGUUACGGAGAAACCAAUCGGCUGAUAUGGAAAGUGUGAGAUUUUCCACUUUGAAUUAUCCGGAUGAGGGAACUUCGAGAUUUUCUUAUAAUCAUGGUGAACAAUGGAGUAAUUAUGAAGAAAUGGAUGGUAUGAGUAGGGUUCGGCACCUCGAGCAAGAUCGAGCCGAGCUUCUAAGGAAGCUUGAUGAGUUAUCGAAGCAGCUGAGUAAUUCUUCUGAAAUGGUUAAUAAUCCUAAAGAAAAAGGUCAUGAUUUAAGGAUGGUUCCUCCGGAUCCUCGCAGCGGCUCUGAUAUUCGAUAUCCAGAUGGUCCUUCAGGGUUGAACAGGACGACCCCGAGCCAAUUCUUUGACCCUAAUAAACAUGUGGCGGCUCCUCCUUAUUACAAUCAUCAUCAUGAUCCAUAUGGUUAUUCAAGUGGUCGUGAAAUGUCCAUGCACAACUUCCAUCCUUCGAUGCAUAACCCGGGCUAUAUUCCUGGAUAUGGAGAUCCGUUCGGAUCUCAAAUGGCAAGAGGUCCACAUCCGUUAUCCCGCCAAUUUCCUCAACAACCGAUGCAUCCCUACUUUCCUGGACGCUAUGCGGAUACCGGUCCAGAUUCAUAUGAACAAUAUGCACAUAAUCCUAUUCCGCAUCCGCUUUCUUGCACUUGUUUUCAUUGCUACAACAUUAAAAGAAGAGGUUCAAUGCCAGCGCCACCCGCUACAUUCCAUAACAACAGAUUCCCUCUUACCUCAAAUGAUCCUAUUUUAUACCGUAACGAUAUCCCAGGUGCAGUUCCUCAACAUGCUCAUAAUAAUUCUAGAACUGCUAUUCCUGCUGCAAGUUCUCAGGAAAAGCUAGUACAUACAAGAUUGGUUAGUGGCUUCGAUUCUGAGAGGGGAGGAUUUGCCGCAAGCCGUUCUCAAAAUGUAAUGCCAGCUAUUGGUAGUCGGCGGUGCCAUCCGAUAGCUGGUGGUUCUCCAUUCAUCACAUGUCAUAAUUGUUUUGAACUACUGCAACUUCCUAAAAAAGUACUUGUUAAGGUGAAAAGUCGUAAGCAGAAAAUGCGAUGCGGAGCUUGUUCUUCAGAAAUAAAUAUUUCUAUCAUCAAUAAGAAGCUAGUUACUUCUCAUGUGGAAAUGGAGGAAAACACCGCAAGGAUUGAGGAUGCCUCAGUCGAGGUUGUGAAUAGCCGUGUGUCGUAUUCUCAUGGUCAUGUGAACACAAACGGUGUUAACUUCUCGUCGGACGAUUAUUCUGGUUAUGAUUUUCACUCACUAGAUAGAGGAUCGCCUGCUGUGGCAUCUGACCCAAGCUUGAACUCUAGAAAGCUGCAGGAGAUGCAAAGUUUCCAUUCUUCGUCUCCGAGUAUCUCAGAUGAUGAAAAUAUUUCAGAAGUUAUGACCGCACCAAAUGAAGCCACCAAAUCCAUUCAGCCAUCUAAAGCUGCCGAGUCUCCUCCACCUGCCGGCUCGCCACUUCAAGAGUAUCUCGAUUAUUCUACUAACAACCAUGCAGUGAAUCGCUUUGGAAAAGGCAACCAAAGUGGCCGCUCAGAACAAGAGAAAGUGGCGAAACUAGAAAAGAAUACAUCGAGGCAGAAUUCUGUGAAAGAGGUAGUACUUGCAUCUGAGAUGGAUGUCAUCGACUAUUCCAACUCCGGGAUCUCACAGGAUUAUGCUGAUACAAGCCGAGAACACGACCGUGCUAGAUCUAGCAAAGGAGGUGACUCAUUUUUCGCAAACAUUUUCAAGAAAGGCUCCAGGGCUUCCUCCCUAACUGACAAAAGUGAUGAUAGUGAAAAAUGUGUUGUUACCGUUAAUGGACAACCCUUAUCAGAUCGUGUGGUGAAGAAGGCCGAAAAGAUAGCCGGACCAAUCCAGCCAGGAAAUUACUGGUAUGAUUCUCGGGCUGGUUUUUGGGGUGUCAUCGGUGGACCAUGUCUUGGAAUAAUUCCGCCAUUCAUAGAAGAGUUCAAUUAUCCUAUUCCCGACAAAUGUGCCGGUGGAAACACCGAUGUUUUCGUAAACGGGAGAGAACUUCACCAAAAAGACUUAGAUUUGCUUUCUCGUAGAGGACUUCCAAAUGAAAACGAUAGAUCAUAUAUCGUUGAAAUUUCCGGGAGAGUAUUGGAUGUAGACACAGGAGAAGAGCUAGACGGCCUCGGCAAACUCGCACCAACGGUGGAGAAAGCAAAGCAUGGAUUUGGCAUGAAAGUACCAAGAUCAGCAGCUGCAUAAUCAAAGUGUAGAAAGAAAACAAAAAUUGUGUAAAGUUUGAGAAGAUCAGAGUUUGAAAAAUUAAUUUGUAUUGGUUGAAGAAGAAAAUUUGGAGUUGUUUUCAAAUCAUUUGAAAUUUCUUCUGUUUGUUGCAUGGAAAAAUCCAAAUGAUUGGCAAUUUUUUCAGUCUUAUUUGGUGGAAAAAAAAUCAUAAAUUAUUUGAGGAAAAAACAAUGUUUAUUUAUUUAUUCAUCUAUUUGUUUGUUUA